AUGUAAUAAUUUGAAAUACAAUUGAGAGGAGGAGGCUGUGGAAAAGCUAAACCAAUUUUAAAGGUUGAAGAAAAUUUAAUUAUCGGUGUGCCCAAGGAUUUAUUGAUUAAACUAGAAAAUUAGAUUAACAUUAUCAAUACAAAAGCCACACUUUUAGUUGAUCCUUAACAAAGAAAUGAAGUAAUAAUUGCAAUUUAAUGGUUUAUAUACAAUAGAGAGCAUUUAAAUACUUUUUGUGUUAACCAAAAUUUAACUUAAUUAAUAUAUACAAAAUCAUUGAAUUCUGCUAGAGAUUUGCUAAAAAUUCUUCCUGUUUAUUUAAGAUCUUCAUGGUUUUUAUGCUAUUAAGUACUUUAAAUCUGUAAUGACUUUUUGAGAAUUAUAUAUUCAUUCUAAAUACAAAAUGAGGGUAGAGAAAUGGAAUUAACUAUGCAAUAAGAAUUACUAUAAGAUGUAGAGGAAAUUAAAUAGAGUUAGAUAUUGAAUAAGCAAAUUUAUGGAGUACAGGAAUAGAAUAUGAAAUACCUCUUAUGA